UCUUACUAUUUUAGAUCAGUCAUGAGUGAUACAACACCCGCUUACUACGGUGCGGACGCAGUGGGUCCGUUCCUCACCUGGCCGCUGGUGAAUGAGGCGGUGGAGUCGGCCCUCAAGGCGGUGGUCAAGAGCUCCCCAGCCUUGACCGCCCAGCCCAGAAGAACCUUUACCCCGAUCGGCUCUCAAAGUGUUCAAGACCAGGGUCUUCUGUUAACCAUGCCCGCCUUUGUGGGAAACUAUGAGACCUCCUCUCGCGGAGGAAGCUCCACCCUGGCCUGCAAGCUGGUGACCUCGUUCAGCGGGAAUGCCCAGCGGCAGCCACCCCUGCCCAGCAUCCUGGCCCAUGUCUUGGUUUUCAGUCACCAGACUGGCCAGCUGGCAGCCAUCAUGGAGGCCACGGAUCUGACCACCAGGCGGACAGUAGCCGCAUCUUUGGUGUCCACCAAGUACCUCUACUUCCGUCGCUUCGGUCCAGACGCGGAGGUGACGCGUCCCAUCACGGUGGCCAUCGUGGGAUGCGGUGUUCAGGGUCAGAUGCAUGCCCUGGCCUUUUGCCAAAGCUUCCGGGUGGAGAAGCUCCUCUUGUACAAUCGCUCCAGGGCCAAGGCGGAGGAGCUAGCGAAGCUCAUUGGCCUGGAGGUGGGUGGGCAGGCGGUGGAGGUGUGCGAGAGUUCCAGGGAAGCCUGCCACGAGGCGGAUGUCAUCUGUGUGGCCACUUUUGCCAAGGAGCCACUCAUACACAGUCAGGACUUGAAGCCCAGUGGCGGUGUUCACAUAAACGCUGUGGGCGCUGGAGAGAUUCACUUCUCGGAGGUGGCUCCCAGUGUCUACCGCAGGUCGAAAGUCUAUGUGGACUGCUAUGCGAAUGCCGAGGCGGAGCUGGUGGGCCUCCCAGCUCCCAUUACUGCGGAAGUGGGCGAAGUUAUUCUCAGCAAGGACUACCCCAAGGAGCAGGACAUCACCGUUUUCCAGUCAAUGGGAAUGGCUUCGGAGGACGCCUGUGUGGCCCAAGCUGUACUGGACGCCAUCAGCGCUGGAAAGGACAAGGAUGAAUGACAAGGACACCACUGGAAUCGCAUUUCCUCUGUAUAUAUGUGUAUAUAUAAAAAAAAAAAAUCAAUUGGAAACAUAA